AAAAGCGCGGGAUAAUAAGCUUUUCCGAGUGGCAAGAUUCGAUUUCUCAUACUGUACACGCGGAUCAAGAAGGACCUUAAAUGCCGUUUAGUCGACAGGUGAUCUUUUCCUUUAAAGAUAGCGGUAUUUAUUUUAAUAAGCGCGAUAUAUUAUUGCAGAGUUUUUAUUUUCGUUUUUAACGGUGUAACAAGUUUUGUUAAUAAGUAUUGGUAAUGACAAAUCAUUUAUAGCGCGGAGUGCGUCCACUUGUCGUUUGUCGCUUUCCGCUAAUUGCCGCGAAGCGGCAAUUAACAUAUCUAAGAUUUAAAUAUACUAGCAUUGAUUGAUCCGUGUCGGAAAACGUCAAGACAAGCAAAGUAUUUCUUUUAUAAAACAGCCGACCGUCUCCUAUGCCCGUGUAUAUACGAGAUAUUACGUUUACGAGAGGCGUUCUAAAAUAAACACACAAAUUAGCCAAACGGUUGGAGAGGUUAGAAAGUUUACACGGAGGGAUCACCUGUCUCUCUUUCUCUUUCACGAAUGUCUCCCGGCAAUAAUUAAAGUUUCGCAAAGUGCUUCGUUAGGCUCGCGUGUAUUCUCCCUCGCCAAGCUUAUAUAGCGGAGCUCCGUAGAAUCAUCGCGCGGUGGUUGCGUCAACUAACCAAAUAUAACCGAAGAAAGUGCGAGGGACGAUCGAUCGAUCGAUCGAGAAACGCGGGAAUCAGGAUCGGGAAUGGUGAAUCGAGGAUCUCCGUCCCGAUGAUCGAACGCGAUUCGGAGCGGGGCCGAGACGGCGACUGGCACGCGACGCCUUCCUCGAGCCGUUAAUCCGAUCGUCAUAUUUACGAUCUCUGGGCAUUCGGUGGCGAUAAGAGAUACGCCCUUCAAUCGUCCCGACAUCCCGACGUCAACGACAGCCCGUAGAAACGAACGUUUGUUCGACGAGAUUCAUCGCGGCUACGCCUAGAGCACGAGCACGUCCCUGAUGGCGGGAAACACGACGGUGGGUAGCACACUACUCGAUGAAGAACUUCGUCGGAUUCUACUGGAACGCGAGCAAGAAUGCAUGAAGCUGAAAGACGCGAAUACGACGCUGCCACCGGAACCGUACUGUCGACUCACGUUCGAUGGAUGGUCCUGUUGGCCGAACACUCAAGCUGGAUCGAUCGCGUAUGCGCCCUGUCCAAACUUCAUCACCGGUUUCGACACAUCGCUUAUGGCACACAAGUAUUGUGAACAGAACGGUACGUGGUUUCGGCAUCCCGACUCUAAUCAAAUAUGGAGUAAUUACACGACUUGUGUGAAUCUACAAGAUUUGAGUUGGCAGCAGAGUAUAAAUGGGAUUUACGAGGUGGGAUACGCAAUAUCUUUGGUAGCGCUAUUGCUUUCUCUAGGAAUUCUUACGUACUUCCGAUCUCUCAGAUGCGCGCGGAUUACGCUACAUAUGAACCUAUUCACCUCGUUCGCGAUCAACAAUGCUUUGUGGUUGAUUUGGUACAGGUUUAUAGUAGCAAACACGGAUGUCUUACUUAAUAAUCACAUACCGUGUCGUGUCCUGCACACGUUCCUUCAUUAUUUUCUAUUAACGAACUACGCCUGGAUGCUCUGCGAAGGCUUCUACUUGCACACGCUGCUAGUGAGCGCAUUCACCAGCGAGCACAAAUUAGUCAAUUGGCUGAUGGGACUCGGUUGGCCGGUGCCAGCUGUAAUCGUUACCCUGUACACGGCAUUACGCGCAUCUAGCGACGAUCCCACGGACACCGAACAAUGCUGGAUCAACGAGGGCAACUACAUGAACGUGCUGGUUUAUCCUGUAUGCGUUUCCACUAUGUUGAAUCUGCUCUUCUUAUUCAACAUUGUACGAGUUCUCCUUACGAAACUACGCGCCGGUCCUGCUAUCGGAACACGCCCUUCAAGAUCCAUGCUGCAAGCUUUCAGGGCUACAUUACUUUUGGUGCCUCUCUUGGGUCUUCACUAUUUAGUGAUUCCAUUUCGACCACCGAAGAAGCAUCCUUGGGAGCAUUUUUACGAGGUUCUUUCUGCGAUUACUGCUUCUUUUCAGGGUCUCUGUGUGGCUGUGCUUUUCUGCUUUUGCAACGGCGAGGUAAUAGCACAAUUCAAGAGGAAGUGGGAUGGCAACGCUCUUUUGCGAAAACGAGCCAACUCCUGCACGGCCACAACCGUCUCGGUCCGAUGGCGGGAGAGGAGAAGGUGUGACUAUCAACCGGCGUCGGGGAUGGUGCCGGGGGAUGCCGAUUGCAGGCGACCGGUGGCAGGCGAGGCUCACCAGUUGCAACAGCCACAGCAGAACAUACAGAUGAUCGCUGCAGGUCAUCCUGGUAAUCACGGCAACAACAAUCACGCGCGGGUGCUUAUCAAACGUGGCGAUGAUGACGAUUCUUCUCACGACGAGUGCGAUCAAACGCAAUGCUGAUGAUCGAAUAUGGGGGACGAUGAGGACGUGUACGGGACCACACGUGGAGAAAAAUAUCUUCCCCGAUCUUUUUUUGUUUAGAGAACGAUAGGAGAGAUUAGAAUCGGCAAGCGUGACGCGGUCGGUCGCCUCAUCCAUUUGUUUUCGGCAAGCUGUUUUACGAAUAGUCAUAUAUGAGUCAUAAAAAAAUGAUAUUAAAUUUUAUACGCAAAUUACAUACGCAACAUAUUUUUAUAUUUAUUUGUGCGCACGAUAUAAUCAUUUAAAUUAUCUGCUUUUCUUCUCUCUUCAUGGCCUCUUGGAUUCUCUUGGGCUCUCUACAGUAUAAAAAGGUGGAAGAGGAUGAGCGGGAGGGGGUAGGAAAUAAUUGUAGAAGGAAAAAUAGGACAACAAUUGAGUUCACCUAGAAUAUUUUCAGAACUCUUUUUCCGAGUAUUUUUCAAAACGAUUUUUUAAAAUGAUUUUAUAUAAAUAUGAGACUUGUGUCACUUGGGUCUGCUCGUUUUAGCUGAACUGGCCGCACUAGUUCAGAGUUUAUCUUUUCCUUUCCAAUAUGGAGACCCACUAUUCCAUUCGCUAUUCUCUAUCCGCUCAAAUAUAUCAGAUGGAGCUAAAGGAAUAUGUAGAAAGACAUAUUCCUGUUUUAUCCUUGAAAGAGAAGCUUAAGUUUUCGAGUUUGCUAAGAAAGCCUAAAAACCGAAAAUUAGUUUCUUAAAAGAAAAGAAAAGAAAAGAAAAGGGGAAAAAAAAAAAAAAAAGAUUAACUAACUCGCGUGAGGGAAAUAAACACGAACUUCAGAGAUUUAUUUUCUAUCUACUUUAUGUCUAUUAGUAUAUAUAUAUAUAUAUUAAAAUAUGAGCCGGAUGUAUGCGGGAUUGCGAUACAUGUAAAUCCUGCCUGCGCAAAUAAAUCUUGGCUAAGGCAGUGAGUAAAAACGAGGAUCUCUCUAUUUGAAUGAAAAGAAGAAAUCGUAUCAGUGAUGAUUGUUUUUAUACUCUCGAGUGUAGCCAAGAAUUACUUGCUCGUUCGCAAUAUUUAAAAGCAAUUAAUUAACAUUAACAUUUCUUUCUAAUUGUUUCGUGCUAAAGUUCGAGUAACGCAAUCUGUUUGCAUGUAUAUUUCAAUGCGGGAUAUUAUAUAGAUAUAUCGAUCAAAUUGUGUAUAUUAAUUUUCGCGGCGCAAUCAUAACUGAACUGCAAUCAUUAAAAGCUUUAGGCAGAAUAAAUGUCGAUACUAAUCUUUUAACUGUAACUGUAUCAUAAAAGAGGAAAUUGUGCAAAGCUGUAAAAAUCACAAGUAAAAUCAGUCAAAUUUUUCGAGGAUGAAUUUGCAGAUUUAUGAGAAAGUAUUCUUUAAAGCGGGAUGCUUGUAAGAAAAAUAUUUACCUAAGGCGAUUGCUUUAAAGAUUUCAAGAAUCUAAUCUCAAUUUCGAAAGAGAAAUUUAAGUACCUGAAGAUUAUUAAUGUUUGGGAUUCGGAUAUACGGAGCUUUUGAAUUCAUUGGCAGAAGUGAUAUUUUUUUGCGUGAUAUUGGUCAAAGUAUCUCCCUUGUUUCCCUCGUAUAUGAGCGCGUAACAAUUUUCAUUUUCUCAUGUACGAUAUUUUAUGUAAUGUGUCAAUUGUAUAAUAAACGGCUCUAUAUGCAUUAAAAUGUGAGUAUUAUGUACAUAUAGCGUAUUAUCUUGAUGAUGAAAAAAUUCAUAUUUCCGCAAGCGGAACGAAUCUCGAAAAAUGUAUUUAGAGGAUUCAAUAUAUUUUGCGAAAAAGAACAGGCAGAAAUAAAUAAAGCUACUUAUCCCAA